CUCUGUGUUUCGUUAAGAUGGGUUAACCUGAACCAAACUCCGAGCGCCGCCCUCGACCUCGCCUCCGACGCCGGCGCCGCCUUGCAGGCCCGCCGGAACUCCCUGCAGUCUGCGCCGUCCCGCGCUUUGCCGCUCCGCAGGCCGCCUCCGCCGCUACCUCCUCGCGAGCCACCUCCGCCGCCCUGCUCGCCGUCCGUCGCCUCCUCAAGAGCUGCCUCCGGCCCCCUCCUCGCAAGCCCCUCGCCGUGCUCCCAGCUCCCCUUGCGAGCCCGUCGCCCUGCUCACAACCUGCCGCCUCCUCGCGAGUGGCCUCCUCGCAGGUCACUUCCUCGCGAGCGGCCUCUGCCGCCGCGCUGCUCGCGUUGCAGGCCCUUCGUCGCGCGCCGCCUCUGCCGCCGCCCAAGCAGCGGCCUCCGCCGCCACCGCCUGCCCUGCUCGCGAACCGCUGCCGCCGCCCUGCUCGCGUCGCAGGCCCCUUAUCGCGCGCCGCCUCUGCUGCCGCCCAAGCUAACUGUCCGCCGUCACUUGAAAAAGAAAACCCCUAAUUUUCUUUUUUGAAUUCCACCUCUCUCCGUCUAUUUCUUCCCGAUUUCGUCAAGAAAUUUCAGUUUAGUUGAUCACCGCUGGAACGGCGAAGGUUUUGCCCGGGUUUAUCUUGAAUACGGGGAACAAUUGGGAGAGUAUGACUAAUCUUGCCAACAUGUUUGCUGUCCUUGACCUGGAUGCCGAGGACGAUAGAGAGGAAGCUGAAGAACAACCAAUAUCCAGCAAGCUAGAAGCUGCUGCUGCCAGGGAACUUGACAGUGGCAGGGAGAAUCACAAAAUGAUUGUAAACUAUGAUGGGGAUAACCUUGCUUCAUCAUCCAGUGAAUACAAGAUGCCACUGGUGUGGAUAGACUUGGAAAUGACUGGUUUGGAUAUCACAAAAGAUCGCAUACUGGAGAUUGCUUGUAUUAUAACGGAUGGUAAACUUACCAAACGAGUAGAGGGUCCUGAUUUGGUAAUAAGACAGAGCAAGGAAUGCUUAGAUGACAUGAAUGAAUGGUGUAAAAUCCACCACGGCGCCAGUGGACUGACAGAAAAAGUACUGCAGAGUGACAUUUCUGAGCAUGAUGCAGAGAAACAAGUGUUAGACUUUGUUAGGAGGUAUAUAGGUUCGGCAACUCCGUUGAUAGCUGGCAAUUCUAUCUAUACAGAUUUACUAUUUUUGAAGGAGUAUAUGCCGCAGCUUGCAGGCAUAUUCCCUCAUGUGAUAGUUGAUGUGAGCAGCAUAACGGCUUUGUGCAUCCGCUGGUUCCCCAAGGAAAAGAAGCAAGCUCCAAGAAAGGAGAAAAACCACAGGGCGAGGGACGACAUCAGAGAGAGCAUCAAGGAGCUGCAGUACUACAAGAUGAACAUCUUCAAAUCGCGGCAAUCUAAACAUUAGUAUGUGUUUGUGGAUUUCUGAGUUUAUCAUAUCGCCUGUUGGAUAGAAGGUGUGUUUUUCAUGUCGUCAGUCACAACUCAUGCUCGUUAUCUCUCUUUAUCUAUGAUGCUUUGAUAUACCAUAUGAAAUCGACAAAAUUGCUUGGAUGCUCCCUUGCCAGAAUUAUUAUCUCGCGACUCACAGUUCUGCGUGAA